AUGGAAAACUCCCUCUUGCAUACAUUUCUUUUCUUCAGUGGUGUGUUCCUGUUAGGAUCUGGAGAGGAAAAUUCUUCAUCUGAAGGUACUAUCAGAGAGGAAAGGGAGCCUGUGCUACUGGAAGAUAUCCCAAGUACUGCAGCCUUCAUUGAUGGAGCUGAGGUGGCAGUUGUUGGCUUCUUUCAGGAUUCAGAAAAACCCGAAGCUUUAAAGUUCCUUACCAUGGUAAAAAAUAUACCAGAUGUACCAUUUGGGAUCUGCACCAGUUCUCAAGUUCUUUCUCACUAUAAUAUCACCAAAAAUACCAUCUCCCUCUUUCGUAUGGUGGAUAACAAAAGGCAAGAUUUGGAAAUCCAGGACAGCAACAAAGUCGAUGUUGACAAGUUGAGUCUCUUUGUCCGGAUGAAUGAACUCCGCUGGGUGACUGAGUACAACCCCAUGACUGCAGUAGGCCUCUUUGAUAGUGCAGUUCAGAUCCAUCUUCUUCUGUUCACUGACAAGACUUCCCCACUGCACACUGAGAGGAUUAACAAGUACCGUGAAGCAGCAGUAGCCUUUCAAGGCAAGGCUCUAUUUAUCCUGGUGGACAUUGGCGUCAAAGGUAAUGAGCGCGUUCUGUCUUAUUUCCACUUAAAGAAGUCCCAACUACCUGCCCUGGCUGCCUACUAUACUGCAGAUGAGGAGCAGAAUGUGCAGCUUCUGGAUGAAGUCUCUGUCGAGAAAAUAACAGAUUUUUGUAAUGCCUUCUUGGAGAGAAAGAAAGGAGAAAAAACCUCUAAACCAGAGGACAAACUCUUCAGAGAGGAACUCUGAAUUUUUUUCAGCUCCAUAACAGAAAUAUGACAACUGCAAUUACUGUAAUCAACAGCAACCUAGGAAAAUGUCUUCUCUGUAUGAGGUUGUCAUUUAAAUCAGAUUAUGAUUCUGUUCUGGAAUCAAUUUCCAUAGAGGUGUUGACUGCUUUUUCAAACCCUGUGUUCUUUCAUUUUGGUUUUGGAGAUACUACACACUUUUUGCAUUAUAUUCUGAAUAAAUUAUAUUA